UAUGCGUUUGUUUACCUCCGGUGGUCCUUGGCCGAAGAUGCAUUACAGAUCCAAGAAUCAUGUUAUUAAGGAACUGUUUUCUGAAAACAUAAAUGGUCGUUAUCCUGGACAAGCUAAGCAGGCUUGCAAGAGUUUGUUUGCGUGGAACUUCAAAUGUUACCAGGAUGAUAAGUAUGGUGCUAUUGCAUGUGAUUCUGACGAAAACCAGGAAUCUCAGGCACUGACAGAGCCACCAAUAUAUGCAUGCAAGUUUGGGGAAGGCCCUGACUAUGGCCACAUCCUGGUGAUUGCCAAUGAAGAUGGACAGAUUGGCCUGAGGGAUACUCGCAGGGUUGGUGAUGUAGCUCCUGUCAAAGGUCAUCAGAUCCAUAAGAAUGCCAUACUAGAUGUCUGCUGGGUCCCAGGCUCAGCAGAAUUAGUUUCCGUCUCUGGUGACUUACGUGCAAUGCUGCUAACAGUGGAAGAAGAUGGCUGCCUCACCACUGCACACACCUUCCUUGGCCACACUCGCUCUAUCAAGACUGUCAGUGUGAAUCGCAAGGACCCAUGUAUGAUAGCAACAGGAGCACGUGAUGGCAACAUCAUUAUAUGGGACAGACGGUGCCGGCCACACCACCGAGCAGAUGAGAUAGCUCCAGCCCAUCAUAGUUUGAUUCCCAAGACUGGUGUAUCCCCAAGCAUUCGCAAGUCAGCUUCUUCCAAGACAGUCACCAGCAACAGUGUAACCUCUGUCCUCUUCCAGCAACAACACAUACUCAUCUCCUCAGGCUCCUCAGAUGGCCUGAUUAAGCUUUGGGACCUUCGCAAGACACAUGGGGGCAUUCGCCGGGAGCCUCAGUGCCACAGCCUGCUGGAGCACACCGGCACCUCCUCCCACCGGGGCUUCACCUCACUGUCCCUCUCACCUCAGGAGGACAUUCUUUAUGCCUCCUGCAUGGACAACACCAUUUAUGCCUACCACCUGGCCAAGCCCACUCCUAAGCCAGUUGCUGAAUAUGUUGGACACCAGAGCCUGACAUACUUUGUCAAGUCUUGCAUCAGUCCAUGUGGCUCAUACCUCCUGAGUGGCUCCAGUGAUAACUGUGCCUACAUUUGGCUGACAGAUAGACCUGGAGAGCCAAUAGCAAAACUUACUGGACACAGUGCAGAGGUCACUGCCGUUGAUUGGUGUCCGGUUGAUGAUGACAAGCUGGUGACUUGUGCUGAUGACAUGAAGCUCCGUAUUUUUCGAAGAAAGAACGCAGAUUUAGAUGACUUCGAUGAAAAAUUAAAAAUCCAUGGAUUAUCAGAAAGAUAUGUGGGAAAAUAUCAGAAAGAAGGGUUAGUAAGUAGAGAAGAUUCUCCAAAAACAAGAGAGAGAAAAUGUUCUGGUUCCUUAAGUACAUUACCUUCUCACCCUGUCACUCCUAGUACAUCAGGGUUCAGACACUCCUAUAACUUCACUCCUUCAGAAGGUCCAGGUAGUUCUACAAGUCCACAGACUUGUCCCCAAACUCCCCAGCAGUUUACACCCCAGAAUUUGCAGGGAAUGCGAGGCAGGGCCACCCCAAGCACACCCAAGACAAGUGAAAGAAACAUGUUGCUCCAGUGGCUAGUUGGUGCCAGGACUCCGAGAUCCAUGGAGUCGCCCAGCACUGGAAACAGCGACUCCAAAAAGAAUACCCACAAACGCAAACUGACAGAUCUUAUGGGUGAGGAUCAGGAGAAUAUAUCAGACAAAGAGAAACCAAAAUCUCCUAACAAAGAGAAGAACAAUAUAUUGUGUCCAUCAUCAAUAGUGAAUAAUCAGACCUCUCCAGCUCGGGGGGCAGCAAAGAUGCUCAAAUAUGGAGAUGAUUCUGAGGUGACCUUCUCCAAUAAGAGUCCAAAUGAAAUGUCUGCUGACAUGGCUGACAGCGUCAAACCCCUUGAUGCUUCUGACAAGCUGAUGAGUGGCUUCCGGAAGGCUGUGACUAAUGCUUCAUUCAGUGCCACAGACAACAAUGGUGUCACUGGAGAGAGUUCUGAACAGAUGACUCAGAGAGAGAAGCAGACUGAUCAGAAUUCCAGGAUCAAUCAGUUUGGCAAAUUUUCAUCACCAACUGCAAAUUUGCCAAACUUUAUAAUUGAUGGUACAUCACCGCACAGUCGCCCAGAGGUAAGGAUUGAGAAAAGGCAGAGCACAAACUGGUUGACUUCUAUCAGCCACCAACGAAAACUAAAAUUCUCUGAGACUCCUGACAAGGUGACAAAGAAUUGUGUUGCCUCUAAGUCAUUUAGCUCACAUAAGAAAUCUGUAAAAAAAACACUUAAAAUUAAGUCUAAGUAGUUGUACUCAAUGCAUACUGUAUUUACCAAAGGUUUUUAUGUUAGUAAUUAUCUUAUAUAAGGUAGUCUGGUGUACUUCAGUGAUACCAACAGUCCUCUUGUUGGUGUGCCACAGAAACAGAGCACCUCCAUUUACAAUUACACAAAAGUUCACAAAAUACUUUUUAUUCACAAAUACUUUGUACAAGUUCAUGUAUUUUCUCUCUUGCAGAUGUGAAUAUGAAACUUGAUAGAUUUACAUUGGAUCUUCAAUACAAAAGUGUAGAGGAAAUUGUUGGUGUUUCUCAUUGCACAGGCAGAAUUUCAUACUGACAAAUUCUGAAUGUAAUAUGAAUAUGAAUUUGAACAUUUUAGUUUAUAAUAUGUACUUAUGCUUUCACUAUUUAUUUGUGUGUGUGUGUGUGUGUGUGUGUGUGUGGAGUUACUUCAGUGAUUUCUAUCCUUCUGGACAUUGAUAUGUCUCUAUCUUUGAUGGCAUUAAGUAAUGGUUUACACAUGAACAAUAAACCUGUAGUAGUACAAGUAUAAACUGAUUUCCAGUAUUUUCUACAUAACUAGAUUUCUCUUAAUAUCUAACAAAUGAAUAAAGUUUAUAUUACUGAGAUCAAAUAUAUCCAUCAAUCAUG